AUGGAAACAAACCCAACGAACAUCUUCCAAAGUCCCUCCAUGGAAGGCACCAACUUCCCAAACAAUCAUGUUCUCCCCCCCGGCUUCAGAUUCCACCCCACUGAUGAAGAGCUCAUCACCGAGUAUCUUCAUAAGAAAAUCUCAUCUCCCAUGAAUCCCAUUCUUUCCAUCAUGGCCGAGAUCGAUCUUUACAAGUUCGAUCCUUGGGAACUUCCUGGUUCUUUGUUGCAUAUAAAUGGGUCGGAGUUUUUCAAAGGGAAAACAUCCCAAAGGCCCUCAAAAGAGAGCCUUUUUGCACUCUCUCAUUCAAGGGCGGGCUUUCAUGGGUUGAUGUCACUUUGUGGAAAAGAAGUCGAACUUAAAGACAAAUGCAGGCCAAAUAGCCUCUUGGUUAUUUCUUUCCUCUUUAUUGAACCAAAGCAGUUUUUGGUUGACGCGGGUCGCUCCAAGAGACAGGAAGUAUCCCAACGGUGCCCGCCAAACAGGGCGGCUGUCUCCGGUUACUGGAAAGCCACUGGAACCGACAAGCCGAUACUCUCUUCGUACGGAUCAAAGUGCGUAGGAGUUAAGAAAGCUCUUGUUUUCUACAGAGGCCGCCCCCCCAAGGGCGUCAAAACUGAAUGGAUGAUGUACGAGUACAAGCUCCUCGAUGACCGCCGUCUCUCAACGAGGCUCAGAGGAUCAAUGAGAUUGGAUGACUGGGUUCUAUGCCGGGUCCGGCAGAAGAGCAAUGGACAGUUCCCAAGAAGAGAAAACCAAGAAGAGAGCAACCACAAGAGCUUCCCUCAAACUGAACUCGGAGGUUUCGAAGAGAGAGAUAUCAUAGAAAAGAUGAACUAUCUUAUAGACUCUCAACAGGUUCACCAAGAAGGUGAAGUGGUGGAUGCCCAUCAGCAACCCUCCCUUGAUCAUUUCCAAGGAGGUUUAUCGGGGCAAAUCUUCUUUGGCAUGAACUCUAAUACCCAAAUCCAAUCACAUCCAAUUUUUUCCAUGAAGACUGCACUUCAAACCAUCAAAAGAGUCCUCUCAGUUGGAGCCAUGGAUGAAUUACUAGUACCUAUAUCGCCAAAUAGGAGGCCAAGUUCACUCCUCAACUUGGACAAGUCAAGCCUUUUCGAAAUCUCUUAG